AUGUCUGAUAUUUUUGAAACUAAUUUUGAGAAAGAAGAAGAUGAGGAGAUUGAUGAGGAUGAAAAGAAACAAAAUAAUGGAGGCAAGUGAGCAAAAAGUGGAUUUUUAAAGCUUAAAAAUUUCUGAAAAAUUGGAAUUAAGUUUUGGUUGAAGUUAUUCACACAACGUUGGAAAUUCAAUACUUAACAAAUCCAGAAAUAACUUCGAAAAGUCCAAAUUUUAUUUAAAAAAUUUUUUAAUUUAAAAAAACCUUCUGGAAAUGUUUAAAAAUACAUGGAUUCAAAUUUUCCAUAAUUAAAAAAAGGUUGUCGAUUGAUCUCCAAUCAGAACUUGGUUUUCUACUAAUAAAAACUGUGAAGUACCGCAUAGUUUGUUCAGCUUUUAUAUAAAAUUUCCGAUAAAAAAAUCUGCAACGUUUUUCAAAAAAAAAAAAUGAUAUGCUUUCUAUUUUUUAUCCAAGUUUUUUUAGAAGUUUCAAUUUUUCGAUGAAAUAUUAACAUUUUUCUCCCAGCGCUCCAGAUUUUCUUUUGAAAAAAUAACCAUUCAAUUCAAAAAAUAAGGUGUCAUUGUUGUUUUGUGGUGAACAACAAAACACAUAAAAUAUCUAAAUAAAAAAGAGAACAAUUCAUUUUUAUUCCAUAUUCUAAUCACAUUUGUCAAUAAUAUAGUAGCAAGAAAAAUUGGUGCAUUUUUCAAAUUUUUUUCCCUGUUUUGAAAUUUGUUUAUAACAUUUUUCAUUCAUUUUCGAAAAGCUAAAAAAAACUUGGUGGUCAAGUUUGCUUUGAAAUUUGACACCUUUUUUCGGUUUUUACUUCCCGAAUUUUUGAAAUGUUUUUUUUGGGAAAAACUUUAAUAAAUUGGGGACUUUUAAAUAUGAAUUGGACUUUUGAUUUGAAAAUCCUGACAAGUGAAAGUUUUCAAAUUUUUUUUCAAAGUUCUUCCUUAGGAAAACUGAAUUUUGAAUAAAAAUUUCUGGAAAUCUUUAAUUUAUUUUUUAACAUUGAAAAAUAUCGCUAAUUAUAUGUUACAAUUGUUGCUAAAUCCAUGAGAACACCAAAAAAAGAAACAACAAUAAUAAUCAUUCCAAGGUUACGAACGGACCAUUUUCUGUUUUCCACUGUUUCCUUGUUUUCCCUAAUCUAGGUUAACCCACAUUUUUCCUCCAUUUAUUUCAUUAUUAAUUGCGUUUUCAAUUCAAUGUAUGUUUUUUUUUUUGUUUUUUGUCAAAUGAAAGAUCCGCAUCUUUGUUUGCCCAAAUUCGGCUAAACAAUCAUUAGGUCUGUUUUUUCGGAAAUCUUUGGAAAAUCCAUUUUUUUUGCAAAUGAAAAGUUUGCACGCCCUUUCAGAAUCUGAAAUUUUUCAUGCGUUUGUGAAAAAUAUUUCUUGUAGAUCACGAUUCCGUUUUAAAACCCUAGUUAGCUCAACUCUGAAUAUGAGUUGUGAAAAAUAUUUUUCGAAAGGCCGUGUGUUAAAAUAGAUCACAAAUAGUAAUAAAUCUGUCUAAUAACUGUGUCAAUCGUUUAAUGAGGUGUGAAAUUUCUGAGAAUCCAAAUCUAAUUCUCGUUUCAGUGACAUAUCUUUGACCUCAUUUAUGCUUUUUUUCUUAUCGAAGAAAAGCAAUUUUCACAUUUACACGGCAAUCAGUCGAAACAAUAGUACUAGACCAAUUUUUUCUCUCACAAGAAUCGUGUGAACUUUUUCUUUAUUUUUACAAAACAACAGAAGAAAAACUAUUUUAUUUAUGCAAAAUAAUAUUUCCGUUUGUAUGUAAACAAUAAGCAUAAGCUUAUUCUUCUUGAUUUAUUGCUUCUUUGAAAUUUGAGUAGCCGAAAGAAGAGUAUUCUAAACAUUUUCGAAGAAAAUGAGCAAUUCUUUUGUUUUGUUUAUUUUUUUGGGUGGUGUGUGAGUGACAAAACAAAUGUUUUUUUUUCCAUAAAUUUUUAUGUUGCAGUUGGUCAGAGAAUUUUUCAACGGUUUGAAAGACGACCUCAAGAUUAAGGCGAAUUAAGGGGGAAACCCCAAAAAAUUACGAGACUCAAAUGAAGUACUGUAGCUAAAAUUUUCAAACAUUAGCAGCUCAAAAAAUGCACGAAAUUUUGAAUAAAAUAUUCCUAACGUGAGAAAAAAAAUAACGUGUAAAUAGUUAGAAAUAUUUAUUUUCAUUUCUGAAUUCAACAUUUGCCCAAAAAGAAACCCACAUUUUAACGGUCAAGUAUUUCUGUCAAACGGACCGCAGGUUUCUUCUGCCUUUCCUAUUUCUAUAAUUUUCUUAUAUAUCCUCUAUCAAGUAUUCGACCGACAUAUGCCUGGACCAGGCAGCUUGGUAUACUUAUUUAUGUGAGUAGUUUUUGGGAAGUGAAGAUGUGGGUCUAUUUUUAUUUCGCAGUUCGUUCAAGACUACCCAAAAACAUUAUGUCUUGAGAUAUCUGAAUUUGGAAUAAUUUAUGUAUUAUUUAAAAAAAAAUGAUAUUAUCAACGCUGCGAACUCGUACAUUCACCACUAGAUAAGUUAACUUUGCCACGUCAUAACCACUUUGCUCCUUCUUUUUUUACUCCAUCCAUAUUUUUUCGAUUUAUUAUUGCCAAGCUCAUCUGCCGUUCUUCUUUUUACUUCUCAUCCAUCUUGUGACCUUUCUCUUUUUUUUCUGCAUUUUUUCUACCAGAUAACUAGAUAAUCCUCCCCCCCCCCCUUUUUUUUUUCUUUUUUUUUGCUAUCUCAAAUGUGUCAAAUCAUAUUCAAUAUGUUGCUUUUUCCUUUUCUUUCCCAGAUGUUUCCGGCCUUUUAGUAUAUCAAAUUUAGUCAGCUUUUUCCAAAAUAUAUUUUUCAUUCCCUUUGUGAGGAAUGCCUCAAAAUUCCAUUCUCCCAAGAAUGAAAAGAAAAAAAUAGAAAAUUUUUGGGGUUUUUAAUUAAAUUAAUUUAUGUAGUACUACUAUAUAUAGAGAAAUUCGCGAUUUUUAGCAAUGUUGGCAAAAUAGAGAGAGAUUCAGACGGUUAGAGAGAGAAACAAUUUCGAGCUCCAGCUUUUCCCUUCUUUUUUUUUAGUUUUUUUCUCGUUUUUGGUGGCGUUUUGUGUUUUUUUGGAAGAAAGACAAAACAUUUGUUUUUUCUUGAUAAAAACUGGAGUUUUUUGUUUUGGUUUGGUGAGAAAAUAUUUCAAAGUAAAGUAAUAAUAAUAAUAUCCUGAGGCAGUCGUAGUCAAAAAUUAUUACGCAUCGUUAAAGAAAUACUUGCAUUUAUGUACAUAUUUUAUUUGUUGUAAAUAUACAUAAAUUUUCUCACCUCUUUUUUCCGCUUUUUCUUUCCGAUCUAUUAUUUUUCACUAUGGUUACAGGUAGCUUUUUAUGUGUGUGAUUUUUAUUUGGGAAUUUUUGCUUCGAAAAGCCGCUUGCUUUGAAAAUUUUUAAUUUUUGAAACCCUCUAACUUUUAGCGCAAACAAAUUUGAAUUAAAAAAGAUCCGGAGAUAAAUUUUGUGCCACUUGGAUUUUUAUUGUGCACAAAAAGUUAAUUUUACUUGAAAUUUUAAGAAAAAAAGUUAGAUAUUUUUCAACCAAACCCAAAUUUGUUUGCAACUUUCCCUUGUAGAUCAAAAAUUCGAUCACUAUCUCUAAAUCUCGCAAUUUCCCAUGGUUUCUAUAUUCCGCCUAAAAAUUACCCGGUAAAAUGUUUUAUUUUCUUUUGUUAGAAGGGAUUCCAAAAAACAAGCCGUGUGAUAUAUUAGGUUUUUGUUUUCACAUGUUAUUUCUUUCCGUUUUUCCCGAAGGAAAAAAUUCACGUGGAAAUGUUGAAUUUCUCAUCUUAAAAAAAAGAAUAAAAAUGGAAAGUUUAUUUGGAUCAAGUGUGUUUUCUCAUCCUUUUCUCGUUUUUUUUUCUGUUGAAUAACUAACAUAACUAACAUUGAUUUUUUCUGACGAAAAAUUGGUGGAACCUUGACUUGUAUUUUUCCCGAGCCCGACCCAAGCGGACCAAAGUAUAGCCUAGUAAACAUGCCAUUUACCAGUUUUUUGUCGAUCGAUUGUUAUUACAUUCAUAUGUGGAUAUAUGUAUGUAUUGUUGUUGUCGGCAUGUAUCUAUCUAUUUAGCCGCUUUUUAUCGAGCCGUUUGUCACUUUUACUUUUUUGUAUGCAAAAAGCGGCUUGUUUUGACACUCCCCAAUUUUCCUUUUAUCUAGUACAGAAGAAUGCAAAUUUUGAAUCGAGCCGAUCAUUUUCAGUAGAACUUUUUCCAAUUUUUGGAUCUCUGAAACGAACCGUCGGAAAUAUUUUGGAGGUUUCUGGUCAAAUUCGAAACUUUCUGAAAUCGCGUUUUUUAUUGGCCCUCGAUACGUUAUCUUUUCUAUCAAAACUGUUUCGAUUUCCUCGAAAAAUAUUGUUUCAAAGCAAAAUAUAACGCUUUUUUCUGAACUAAACUAGUUUUUUUUCUAUUUUUCCCAAAAAACCCAUCGAAACGUAACUAAUUUUCGAAUAUAUUAUAAUUACUACUUUUUUUUUGGUGAGAAAAAUUUUUUUUUCAAAGUUACAAGUUUCAAAAAAAUGAAUCAUUUAUUGAUGUUUGACCAGACAAACACACCUGUCUCAUCCUAUUUUCAUUUCGUUUUUUGUUUGAAAAUACCAGGUAGAGAAAUAGAGAAAUUUAGUGAGUCAUCGAAUUAUUUUUGAUUUUCAACAAAAGUAAGUACUGUACUUGUUAUUUGUUUAUUUUUCUGAUAAAAAUAAAUACCUAAUUUUAUUUGUCUAGAAGAAAAAUGAGCCCUUGGAAUUUGAACCGUGGUAUUUUUUUCAAUUCAAAAAUUUUAAAUUCAUGCUAAUAAUUGCGAAAUCGCUGUGAGACCUUACAUUUUUCGAAAUCCAUGUUCCUUUAAAUUAACUGCUAAAAUUUUAUAAGAAUUUGAUAUUUUCAAAAUAUGGGUUUCGCCACGAUUUUUUUUUCGCUGAAAUCAGUAAAAAUUACAUUUCAAAAAUAUUAUUCACCUGUGAAAAUUUAUGAAAUCGUGGCAAGUUUUUUUUUUCAAAUUGAAGAUCCAGCGCUAAAUUUCUGUUUUUUUUUUUGAAAAAAACACAUUUUUCACCGCACCGCAAAUAAAAAACCUUCCGUUUUUUACGGGUCGAAAAAUGACUAUUACUUCUCUUUUUCUCUAUAUCAAAAGGUUAUAAAUACCACAAUUUUGUGGUGUUAUCUAACCCGAUUUUUAUCAUUGAAAUGAAAAUACUGCAAAAAACAUACAUUUUGACCAUUGUAAAGUUUUAUUUUCGCCCAAUUUUUCAACUAUUGAACAAUAUGUAAUUUUGUUUUCUCACAAUAUUUUAAUUCAUUCAAUUAAUACCAAACACAUGUUAUUGUUCAGAUAAAUUGAGUAAAUAAAUAUGGAAAAGCAGGUGCUUGAUGAGUGUAUUAAAUUUCGUUGUUUUUCCUCCUCGAAAAAAACAUUUUAUGGUUUCAAGAUUAAAUCUCAAAUCUGAAUUAAUUGUCCUGUUUGUGCAGUAGAGCGUGUUUGCUUCUUCCGCGUUCUUUUGAAAAAAACCUAUUAAUUACUUUGUUUCAGAAUUUCUCGAAAGAUCGCAAUUGCGCCGCACGUUUGCUGUGAAAAAUAAGAGAAAUAAGAAGAGUGGAAGUCUUCUGCGAUCUAAUUCUACAAGUUCUUCAAUCAGAUCGCGGCGAAUUUCGUCGGUUGUUGGAAGCGCGAUGAUUUUGCCAGCGACUUUACCGCCAAUUCCAAAUCAGGAACAAUUGGAUAAAAUGUUUGAUGAUGUGUUGAAACAUAUGGAUUUGCCGGUGGAUAAAUUGAGGAUAUUGCGAAGUUAUGAUAAUGAGAAAAAGUGGAAAUUGAUUAAUGAUCAGGUUGGGAUUUUUUAAAGAGGGGGGAAGGUUUGGGUGGGAAACUGUCGGUUUUGAAAGAUAAAAUACUAAAUGGAAUGAACCUUUUCACAAAAAUGCUCCCCAAAUGAAAUACCUUGUCAGAAUACAUCGGAAUCUUUAUUCAGAUUUUUCUCAAAAAAAAAAACACAUUAAGCUUUUUUUUCUAAAUAAAGUUUUCUAAAUAACAGAAAUUGAAUAUGAAAAUGUUUAACACUAUAUUGUUUCGAAACAAAAAUCAAAAAUAUCCCGCUCCGAUUUUCAAUAGGAAGAUUUCGAAAUAUUUAUAGAAAAAAAAACAAAUAUUUUUAUGACAUUUUUGUGAUUGAAAAAAAUGAUUUUAAAAUAAGUGGUUUCCAGCAACAACAAGUGUCAAAGCAAAUCACACCACCGGCAAAAUAUUUGGAAAAACUCGGAUUUUUCAUGGAUAAGAAGAUGUUGAAAAAAGCGUUGAAGAAUAAAGAGGUUUUGGCGGAUGAAACAUCAACUAGUGUUUUGAGACAUAUUGAGAUUUCGCUAAGGACAAAUAGUGUGGAGUGAGUUUUUUUGGGGAUAAUGAGGGAAGAUAUGGAGUAUUUUGGGGUUGACUGGACCUUUAAGUUUUGAGCCCUCCAAAUUUUGUUCGUCCUUCAUCUAACUCCAUUUUUUUCAGCUGGGUAUUCGAAUUUCUUGAUCCACCCAAUCUUGGUCUUCGAAAACUCGUUGAUUAUAUGUGUUUUCUUUUGGCUGAUUGUGCUUCAGUUCCAUCAACAUCAAAUGGAAUUCCAUCGACUUCUGGUAUCAAUGAAUCACCGUCACAUAAUAAUUCAUCUUCGGAUUAUUCUGGUAAUAUUUCUGGUUUGAGUGCUGGAAAUUUAGACACGACUGCGAAUUUAUUGAAAAAAGGUAAGCAUAAUACUUCAAUACCCUUCCUCCAAAAAAAUCCCUUUUUCCAGGAUCACUGACAAUAUCAAAAGGAAAAAUCUCAAAAGCAAUCGGAGAAGCCGAAGAUGAUAUUCAUAUUUGUAUGAUGUGUCUUCGCGCAAUAAUGAAUAAUAAACAAGGUUUUCAACAAGUAUUUGGUGACACUGAAGCUAUUUAUUGCAUUGUUCGAAGUAUUUUACAUCAAAAUCUACGCACAAAAACACUUGUAAUUCAAAUGUUAUCAUCAAUUUGUAUGGUUCAGGGUGGUCAAGAGAUUGUUAGCGACGCUUUCGAUAGAUUUGAAAAAGAUUUUCGUGAACCACAUCGAUUUUGGACACUUAUGCAAUUUGUUCGAUUUCCUCCCGAAUUUCAUUUCGAAUUUCUAUCAUCAGCUGUUCAGUUUUUCGAUUAUUUUGUGAAUAAUGUUGAUGAAUUGAAUUUCCGUGUUCAUUUACAAUAUGAAAUGACAUUGCUUGGAUUGGAUAAAUAUAUUGAAGAAAUGGCUGAUUGUGAAUCGGAUGAAUUGCAAGAAAGAAUGAUUAGUUAUGCGAAUAGUGCAAUUGAUGUUGCACAAUUAUUGGAGGAUUCGAAUUUAAAAAAUGACUUGAUUGAGGAAAAAGAAAAUUUGAAGUUUAAAUUAUCGCAGGUGAGUAUUUAGAAGAGAUUGGGGAGGGGAAGCAAAAUUUUCAAAUUCAAUUUUUUUUCAAAAUUUAAUUUUAUAAAUAAAAAUUGUCUUAUUGAUUAAUUCUAAUUUUAAGCGUGACCCAAAUGAUGUGGAAUUUUUCAAAAAUUAAUAAUUUUCGGGAAAAAAUCAUUUCUUUUUUUCAGGCGAAUGAACGUGUUCAAGAAGUUGAAGCGAAAUGGAUAACUGACAAAGCGGCUCUGGAUCGAAGAUUGUUGGAUUUGGUGAAUGAAAGAGAUCGAAUGGAAAAGGAAUAUGUUGAACAAAAAGGAACAUGGACUAGAACUAUGAGUAUGUUUUUGAAUGGAAUUUUCCUUGAAAAUUUACAAGAAAUCUUAGAACAAAAAGCUUUGAAUUAAAAUUUUUCACACUCUCAUAACUCUAAGUUUUCUUGGCGUGUGUUUUUAUUUAACGCUUCUAAUUUUUGCAGACGAAAAAGAUCGGCAAAGUCGAGAAGAUCGCAAAAGAUUGGAGCAAAAAAUCGGAGAGUUGGAGGCGAUUCAAAAAACUAUGCAAGGUUGGUUUUUUUUUCAGAAUUAGAGCGUGAACUUUGAUGUGGCAGUUUGAAAAAUUAAAGAAAUGUUAUUGAAUUUUCGAAACGUGGAGUUUUGAUGUGGCAUUUUUAUCAUUAUUAUCAAUUUAUUUCAGCCGGAUUACAAGUCCAACAACAACAACAAAAAGAGCAGCAAGCAAAAUCUCCGCCAACUCCACCACCUCCAGCACCAGGACCACAUAAAGAACAACCAACAGCAACGAAAAGAAGAUCAACAUCCCGUGAACCAUCUCAAACAUCUUCUGCGCCACCUCCACCUCCACCAAUUGCUGGACUCAUUACACCGAAUGGAAAUACAGUUCCAAUUCCACCACCUCCUCCGCCUCCACCUGGAUUUUUAUCAGGAGGACCUCCCCCGCCCCCACCUCCGCCAAUGAUUGGAUUGAAGGGUGGACCCCCGCCACCGCCACCGUUGCCAGGUGGAUUUGCACCGCCGAGUAAUGAUGCGAAAACAAUCAAGAAGAUUUAUCAAACAAAAAAUAAAUUACCACAAUUGAAUUGGACUGCAAUGAAACCGAAUCAAGCUAAAAAUACAGUAUUCGAAAAAUUGAAUGAUGAACUAAUUAUUGAGAAACUCGAUUUUUCGAGACUUGAAGAGAUGUUCAAAAUGCAACCGGCUGCUGGAUUAACAGAACCUAAAAAUGAGCAAAGUGCUUUGGGACAAGUUAGUCCAUCUUCGACUUCCAGUUCGGGAUCAUCGGCCAGGAAAAAUACGUUGUUGGAUGCAAAAAGAUUGCAGAAUGUUGGUGAGUAAUUAAAAGUCUGAAGAGAGCCUAAGUCAAAGCCUCCAAAUUCCAAAUCUCAUUUUUUUUCCAGCAAUCACACGUCGAAAAGUUGCCAUGGAUGCAAAAUCAAUAAUGGCAGCAGUGCAUCAAUUGGAUUUAACAAAUUUAUCCGCCGAAAAAGUGGAUAUUUUAUCACGAAUUCUUCCGACUUCCGAAGAACGAACAAUGUAUUCAGGAAAAAAGGGCGAAUUGGAUGGAUUGUCAGAAGAGGAUGUGUUUUUGGCGGCAUUGUGUGAAAUUGAAAGAUUGGAGAGAAAAUUGAAUGUUAUGAGAAUUAUGGCCGAAUUCGAUGAUACCGCUGCACUUCUUCAGCCUGUAAGUGUUUUUUGAAAACUUGAAAUUUGGGAAAAAACAUUUCGAAGAUAUGAACUCAAUUUUUCCAGCAAUUAAUGCACGUAACAGCUGCAUCAAAAUGUGCUCGAGAUGCCAAAGAUUUCCAUGGUGUACUUGAAGUGAUUCUUGCUUUCGGUAAUUAUAUGAAUAGUGGAAAACGUGGUGGAGCAUAUGGUUUCAAACUUUCAUCACUCGAUUCAUUGGCUAUUUUGAAAUCACCAACUGAUCGAACUUUGACUCUAUUGCAUAUGAUUGUUUCGUCAAUUGAACAAAGUUUGCCGAAUUUGUCAAAUUUUGCGGGACAAUUGAAAUUUGUCGAUAAAGCGACUACAGGUUAGAUUUUUGGAUGAAAAUUGGGUAUUAUUCUGGUCUGAAAAUCCCCAUUUUUUGUGUACCAAAAGUAAAAUUUUAAGCUAAAUUUUUAAUCAUAAACAAACUUCAAAAAUCCCGAACUAACACAUUUUUUCCAGUCCAAUGGGACUCAAUCCGAGCUGAUGUGGCAGAGCUUGAAACAAAUUUCAAGUUGGCUCAAGAUGAGCGAACUCUGAAAGGAGCCGAUUGUCCACAAACACUUAUCGAUUUCCUCGAAUCACGAAAAGAAAAAAUGGACGAAUUGUUGGAUGCGAAUCGAUUGGCCACUAAAACAUAUGAUGAAUGCGUCGAAUUUUAUGGCGAAAAUGCAAAAUCCACUCCACCAAAUGUUUUCUUUCAAAAGUUGUCGAGUUUUGUAGCGAAUUAUGCGAGAUGUAAGCUGGAAAAUGAGACAAAAGUGGGACAAGAAAAAGUGAGGAUUUUUAAAAGUAUUCUUGUCACGUCAUACCUAAUGUUGUCCUUUAUCAAAUUUCCAAUGUUUUUUUUUCAGAAACAAAAAGAAGAAGCAGAACGUCGUGCUCGACUUGCGAAUAAAGAUCAACAACAACAAAAUAUGCUAUUAGAAUUGACUGAAAGAGUGAAUGGAACAAGUGUGAAUCGAAAACAGAGGGCCAAAAUUGAUAGUACCAGAAUGGAUCAUGGAGAUUUUGAAAAAUUGAUGAAUGGUGAGCUUUUUUUUGAAAAAAAAAUAAUUUAGAACAGUUUUAUUGAGUCGUUCUCGAUGAAUUUGACAUUUUUUUAAUUGAGCUAGACUCAAAAGCACCUUUUAUUGAAGAUUUCAGAUCGUGUUCAAAAAUUCUGAAAAUAAUUUUCAUUAAUUUUUGAAUAUUAUCAGUUUUCUUCUUUUAUUUCCAUCUACAGUACCCCGUUAUAAUAUUUUUUUAAUUUUUUCCAGGUCUCAAACAUACUGGCAGUACAACUCCAUCUCGCCGAAAAACCUCAAAAUCUCCCUCUCCAGCUCCCCGUCAAUCAAUAGUUGCUCCACCGCCAGUUGCACCAAAAACUCGUGUUUUGAGUGUGGAAAGAGAUCGACAAUAA